AUGGCAAAGCCGCAGACGGCCAAUCUUCCCCUGAUACCACUCGCGCGAGGCACCAUUCUCCUCCCCGGCCUCGUCCAGCGCAUCCCAGUCUCGUCAAACAGACCCGAUAUCCCCGCCCUGCUCGCCCACGUAUACGAACAAGCAGCUUCCAAAGGUCCCGAUACGCGCAUCGACAGCAUUCCCAUCGCAUGUGUUCCCAUUUCAUCUCCUCUCAUCAGUGGCAACGGUCAACGACUUAUCGGCGAUGCUGAAGAGAUAGACCCGGCCGCGAUUGAGAACGUGCUUCCUGGCUCUGCCAAAAAGGAUGAUCUCUUUACGUUUGGCGUCGCAGCAAAGAUCAUCGGCAUUGAUGGAAGAGGAACCGGUGAAUUCGCCUUGCGCGUUGAAGGCACUACUCGCGUGCGCAUCGAGAACUUUACACGUGAACGUCCUUACUUCGAAGCCAAAGUGACAUAUUUCCAUGAAGAUAACAAUGUUACCGACAAGCAGGCGCAAGACCUUUUUGCUCUCUUGAAAACCCGAUCGCGCGAAUUGGUCACCAUCUUAAGGAUUUCUUCACUCCUUCCCCGAACCCGCGACGGUCCGAUUCUCUCGCCAGUGCUCACCAGACGACUCGAAAUGCUCAUCAUGAGGAAGGAAUUACAAGAGGCCGGCCUUCUCGCCGAUUUCAUGGCUAACCUGGUCGAGAGUACACAUGAGGAGAAGCUUGAGGUUCUUGCAGCUCUAGAUGUCAAGGUGCGCCUUACAAAGGUUAUUGAAUUACUGGAGCGCCAGGUUGGUGGCAUCAAAAACAACUUCAAGAUCACUACUUUCACAACCAUGCCCAUUCAAAUACUGGAUCGAUUGAACGAGAACCAGAAUCGAAAGCCAGGCUCGCUUCCACCGAUCCCAGGCAUGGCAUUUGUUCCACCCAAUGGGCAAAUGCCCGGUGGUAACGAUCAUAAUGACGACCAGGAGGCCAACGAGCUCGACGAGCUUAAGCGUAAGCUGUCGAGCGCUAAGCUUCCCGCCGAAGCCACCAAGACCGUGGACCGCGAGUUAAGACGCCUGCAGAAGAUGCAACCCAUGAACCAGGAGUAUCAGGUCACCCGUAACUGGUUAGAAACUUUGGCGGAGAUCCCUUGGACAGCCACCACAGACGAUCGUUUGGGUCCCGAGACUCUGCACAGAGCGAGGAAACAACUCGACGAUGAUCAUUAUGGAUUAGACAACGUCAAGAAGAGGCUUAUCGAGUACCUGGCUGUAUUAAGGCUCAAACAGUCGAUCAACGAUGACGUUGAAGAGAAAAUUAAGAAAGCAGAGCAGGAGACGGUUCAGUCUACUGGCAACGAGCAAGGAAACGAGGCCGCUGUCUCAGGAAGUGGGGAUGCCACAAAGCCCGAAAUGGCCAAGCUCGAAAUCCUCAAGUCUCAGCGUAUGGUGGACAAGUCUCCCAUCAUGCUCUUGGCAGGCCCUCCUGGUGUGGGAAAGACCAGUCUUGCGAGGUCAGUCGCCACGGCUCUUGGUCGCAAGUUUCAUCGUAUUUCCCUCGGCGGUGUUCGAGAUGAGGCUGAAAUCAGAGGUCACCGAAGAACCUACGUUGCGGCCAUGCCAGGCCUCAUCGUUCAGGGUCUAAGAAAGGUUGGCGUUGCCAACCCUGUCAUCCUACUCGAUGAGAUCGACAAGAUUGGCCAGGCAAGCAUCCACGGAGAUCCUUCGGCGGCUAUGUUGGAGGUCCUAGACCCUGAGCAAAAUUACAACUUCCAGGAUCACUAUGUGGGCAUGCCGAUUGACCUCUCCAAAAUUCUUUUUAUCGCGACUGCCAAUAGCCUCGACACUAUUCCCGCUCCUCUUUUGGAUCGAAUGGAGACUAUCUACAUCCCUGGCUACACGACACUGGAGAAAAGACAUAUUGCGAUGCAGCACCUUGUUCCCAAGCAGAUCAGAGUCAAUGGCUUGGCCGAAAGUCAGGUUACCUUCAAUCAAGAGGUCGUUUCCAAAAUCAUCGACUGCUACACCCGCGAAUCCGGAGUUCGCAACUUGGAGCGAGAAAUUGGUUCAGUCUGUCGUGCUAAAGCUGUUGAAUACGCCGAGGCGAAGGAUGCGGGGCACAUGGAGCACUACCGACCCGAGCUGAGUGUAGAGGAUAUCGAGGACAUUCUGGGCAUUGAAAAGUUUGAAGAAGAGAUUGCCGAAAAGACUAGCCGCCCGGGUAUUGUAACAGGGCUGGUAGCUUAUAGUUCUGGAGGCAAUGGCAGUAUCCUCUUCAUCGAGGUCGCUGAUAUGCCUGGUAAUGGACGAGUUCAGCUCACAGGUAAAUUGGGAGAUGUUCUCAAAGAGAGUGUCGAGGUCGCCUUGACUUGGGUCAAGGCACACGCAUUCGAGCUGGGUUUGACGCCAGAGCCUACUUCGGACAUCAUGAAAGAGCGCAGCAUUCACGUUCACUGCCCGUCUGGUGCUAUUCCUAAAGACGGUCCCAGUAGUGGUAUCGGUCAGGCUAUCGCACUCAUAUCUCUCUUCUCGGGUAAGCCGGUACCACCGACAAUGGCGAUGACGGGCGAGAUUUCUCUCCGAGGCAGAGUUACAGCCGUUGGAGGUAUCAAGGAGAAACUCAUCGGCGCCCUCCGAGCUGGCGUCAAGACUGUGCUACUUCCAGCCCAAAACCGCAAGGAUGUUAAAGAUCUCCCUCAAGAGGUCAAGGAUGGACUCGAAAUUCUUCACGUCAGCCAUAUCUGGGAAGCUAUCCGUCUCGUCUGGCCAGACUCGCAUUGGGCCGAGGACAGUAACUACCGGGGCAUCGAGAGUCGACUCUAA